UGUUCCUUUGCAGCCUCUCUCAAAAGCUUGGGCGAUAAGACCGCCAACUUGUUCUCCAAGAAGAAGGAAGAAGUCGAGAAAUUAGCCAAAGAAAAGGUUGAUGAUGUCAAGGAGGCAGCAGAAGAUCAAGCCAAGAAGGUUGGAGAAUCGAUACAGAAGACCAAGAGUGAAACUGAGAAAUUGGCCGCUGAUGCUGCCAAGGAAGCUGCUGACUUAGCUGCCGAAGAGGCCAAGAAGGCCGAACAAGCCGUUGCCGAUGGUGUCGGCAAGGCCAAUGCUGCCGUUGACAAUACCAAGAAUGUCAUCAACAAUACCACCCAACAGGUUAAUAAUGUGGCCGCCAAUACCAAACAAAUUGCUGGCAAUGUAGCUGAGGCCUCCAAACAGGCCGCCGCCAAUGCCGUCGAUCAAACCAAAAAAGCCGCCAACGAUGCCAUCAACAAAUCCGUCAAGGCUGCCGAACAGGUGAUCGAGGAUAAAAUGAAGCAAGCCGAACACACUGUCGACGAAACUGUGAAAGCUGCCAGCCAAACUGUGGACCACAAAAUUGCCGAGGCUAAUCAGUAUGUCGAUCAAAAGCGAGUGGAUUUGGAAAAGACUUUGCAGGAAACCGCUCAAAGUGGUCACGAUUUGGCUGCCCAGCAGGCUGCCGGUUUAAUGGGCAAAUUGAAUUUGGCCAAAUAAGUUGGAGG